AUGCCUUCACAAUCUCCCUUCCAGAUAGACAUCCCGGCGACUGAUCUUCUGACCUACCUCUUUCCGCCGUCAAAGCCAGCAUCCGACAAGCCAAUAUGGAUUGAUGCAGAUGAUACAAAUAAUGCUCUGUCACCACGGCAGCUUUUACAAUGGGUCAAGAGGUUGGGGUCUGGGCUGCAGAAGCUGGGAUUGAACCGACAAGAUGUGGUCAUGAUGUAUUCAACUAAUCACAUAUUCGUGCCCGUUGCAUAUCUCGGCACGGCCGGCGCUGGGCUAAUCUACAGUGGUUGCAAUCCCGCAUAUGGCGUCGAAGAGGUCGUCUAUCAGAUCAAGAACACUGAGUGCAAGGUCAUUCUCGUUGAACCAGCACUCCUCCAGACCCUUCUGAAAGCAGCCGGUAAAACAGGGUUUCGCACUGACCGAAUAUUUCUCUUCUCCGAUGAGGAAGCCGCAUCGUCGAAAGGCGUCAGAGACUGGCGCAGCUUCCUACCCUCCGCUUCAGAAGCUGAGUCGUGGAAUUGGGACCAAAUGGAUUCAGACCAAUCUCGUACCACCGUUGCUGCCUUGAACUAUUCCUCGGGCACAACCGGUCUACCAAAAGGCGUCAUGAUCAGCCACCAAAACGUGAUUGCCAACACCGAACAAAGUCUCUUCAUGCGCGACCUCGAGCAGCCCUAUUCCAGAUCAGCCUGCUCGCGCCCUGAAGAGCGCUGGCUCGGCUUCCUCCCCCUCUACCACGCUUACGGCCAGCUCUGGUCCAUCGUGGCCGCUGCCCGCACGCUGUCACCCUGCUUCUUCAUGCGUUCCUUCAACUACUCCACGUUUCUCAAAAACAUCCAGAAUCACCGCGUAACCCACAUCCAGACCGCACCCCCGGUGCUCGUGAUGCUAGCGAAGCGUCCCGAGACUCGGGAGUUUGACCUCAGUUCCCUGAAGAAUAUCCUAUGUGGCGCGGCGCCGCUGUCAAAAGAGCUGCAGAACGAGGUAUCCAAGAGGUUUGCGCUGAAGGUUGUCCAGACGUGGGGAAUGACCGAAGUCACUUGCUCCUCGCUGCACGUCCCCGGCGGCCGCGACGACCGCUCCGGCAGUGUAGGGUACAUCGAUCCAAACUGCUCAAUGAAGCUCAUCGACGAAGAUGGAAAAGAAGUCGGGCCCGGGCAGCGCGGCGAGAUUCACGUCAAGGGGCCGAACGUGUGCAUGGGGUAUUGGCGGAACGAGCGGGCGACGGCUGAGACGUUUGAUGACGAGGGCUUUUUGAAGACGGGAGAUGUUGCGGUGCGGAACGAGGAGGGGUGGUUUUGGAUCGUGGAUCGGAAGAAGGAGUUGAUCAAGGUGAAGGGGUUCCAGGUCGCGCCGGCGGAGCUGGAGGCCUUGUUGUUGGAGCAUGAGCAUGUGGCUGAUGCGGCGGUGUGCGCGUUGCAAUUGGAUCAUGAAGAACUACCCCGGGCGUACGUUGCGCUCAAGCCGGAGCACAAGAGCGCAUCUUCGGAGUGGGAUAUAGAGAAGUGGAUAGCGGGGCGUGUUGCGAAGCACAAGCAGCUAUCUGGGGGCGUUGUGUUCAUCGACGAAGUCCCGAAAUCACCGAGCGGGAAGAUUCAGAGAAAAGUACUGAGAGAAUGGGCUAAGAACGACGCGGAGAACUUCAUCGAUAGACGGGAGGGAGCGAGGUUGUAG